CAUUAAUAGUGACCACGCCGGCCCCGCCUCCGCCUCUCGCGGGGCCACCGCCCGCGCAGACCCAGAGCGCGGCCGCGGACGAAGAUGGCGACCGCCAUGUACUUGGAGCACUACCUGGACAGUAUUGAGAACCUACCCUGUGAGCUUCAGAGGAACUUCCAGCUGAUGCGAGAGCUGGACCAGAGGACAGAAGACAAGAAAGCCGAGAUCGACAUCCUGGCUGCAGAGUAUAUCUCCACGGUGAAGACUCUGUCUCCGGGUCAGCGCGUGGAGCACCUGCAGAGGAUCCAGAGCGCCUACAGCAAGUGCAGGGAGUACAGCGACGACAAGGUGCAGCUGGCCAUGCAGACCUACGAGAUGGUGGAUAAGCACAUCCGGAGGCUUGAUGCGGACCUGGCUCGCUUCGAGGCGGACCUGAAGGACAAGAUGGAGGGCAGCGACUUCGAAAGCUCUGGAGGACGGGGGCUAAAAAAAGGUCGAGGUCAGAAAGAAAAGAGGGGCUCCCGGGGUCGUGGCAGGAGGACCUCAGAAGAAGACACCCCAAAGAAGAAGAAGCAUAAAGGAGGGUCGGAGUUCACCGAUACCAUCCUGUCGGUGCAUCCCUCUGACGUGCUGGACAUGCCCGUGGACCCAAACGAGCCCACCUACUGCCUGUGCCACCAGGUGUCCUACGGGGAGAUGAUCGGCUGUGACAACCCGGAUUGCCCCAUCGAGUGGUUUCACUUCGCCUGUGUGGACCUGACCACGAAGCCUAAAGGAAAAUGGUUCUGUCCGCGGUGUGUUCAGGAAAGGAGGAAGAAGAAGUAAGGAAGAGGCGGACGCCCGGACCCGAAGAGCACGUUAAUACAUCCCUUCAUUCACGUCGCAAUAUUUUAUCUUCAUUUUAAAACGACCUUGUUUCCAAUGAUAUUUAAUAACUCAAUGGCCAGUUGUAAUUCUGGAUAUUUCCUAAAACAAACAAGAAGCCACCUGAGCCCUGUUGCCCAGAGGAGUGCCCCUAGGGGACUUACCACAGUGACUCCAUUCUCAUGACUGGCCCCAAGCAUGGCGGUCACAGCGAGUGGCCCCAGGACUUUGAGGGGUGUGCGUGCCUGGUACACUGCCAUCGCUUUGCAGCUGGAGGUGUGAGCCCUGGUCAUCUGUCUGUGGUUUCCCGGGGCUGCUCCCCGAGAGCCCGGCACCACUGCAGGCGCCUCUGACCCUCACUGAGAGCGGUGCAUGUGGAGCCUGGUGACGAGCCUGGGAGGGGCCGGCUCUCCCCGGGGUGGGCAGGGGUCUCAGCUUCGCUGUGCACUGCCUUUUCGUCUGGACUCCCACUUCCCUCCAUGAGGGGUUUACUUUCUGGAGUAAACGUCUCUCCAUUAGCGAACGAUAAGAGACGGCCCAGCAGACGGGCUGAUGUUCUGUUUCCCUGGGAAUUCCUGGCGUUUUUACUGUGAAGAUGAAUUAUCGUGGUAGCAUGAAGAUAGUGGUCUGUGUGAAUAUGGAGUGAGUCCAAGCCGCUAGGGGCUGAUUUGAAACCUGUUCAUUUGCACAGCAGAUGAGCAGCUUAGAUCGAGGAGACAAUUUUGUGAUGUGAUUUGUGAAUUUCUUGUGCCACAAUAGCAAUUCUGGAUGAAGCUAGGAAACUAGAGUGUCCUUUCUCUUUAAACAGCAUUCACCAAACCGACUUUGAACCGUCUUUUUGGUAACAGUUGGGGGAGGUUGCGUACCUUUGGUGUGUUGAUUCCGUGUGUCAUGAUGGUCCAGAAAGUGUGACUUCUGCAGGUGUCCUCGGAUUUGAGAGCCUCCGGCGUGCAUUUACGGAAGGGGAAACCUGCUUCUGUGUUCAGGCCAGAAGUCCAUGAGACAGACUUGGGGCUGAGAUUCCCAAUUUCGACAAACCUUGUUUUCUUUAUAAGGAAGGCCGUCUGGAAUGAUACACCCGCUUCCUCCUGAGACCUUGUUACUAUAGAUGCUCCUCCUAUUUUCUAAUAUUCACCAAGGAGAGGAAAGAAAGCAGAAGGGAACCUGUGAGGCUGUGUCCUAGACAGGGCCACUCCCCGCAGAGUUAGUUAAUAUUCAGCAGAUGGAAGCGGGGUCUGGCUGGGGUCUGCGUCUGGGCUUCCCAGUGGGGCUUCGCCUGCGCUCCGUGUCCAACUCUGUCCUUUCUGGAGGGAGCUGACGGAGUGGCACUUGAUCCCAGAUGACCGUGGGCAGGUCGGUUCAGCACGUGUGGCCUGUCCAGUCUCGGGCCGGGGGUGGGGUAGGGGGUCGGCCGCUGCUGCAGCUUGUCCCUGGGGGAUCCCGGAGCCACACGGCUUUCUAGACCCGAUGCCAUUCUGCUGCCCCAGAGAAGGGGGGCCGUGUCCGGACGAGUGCUGUCAGCACCCUCAGUCUCAGCAUUGGCUAGAAACCCAGGGGCGUUGGUAUUUAAUAACUUAGGGUUUUGUUAAUACAGGUGUUUAAGGAUUGUGGGGAAUAAAUGUGGGAAAAAAAUUUUUCUUCCCCCUUUUACCAGUUUUUGUGGAGAAGAUAGGUAAGUACAGUAAGCUGUGGGGAUUCUUUAGAAGCUAAUUUAAUAUUUGCACGUCAUCUGUGAACACUUCACACCCGCUGUUAUUGCGGGAAAGCGAUGGUGUUUGUGGAUGUGGGUUGCUGGCUGAUUCAGUUGGGAUUCUCACCUGGUUUCCUGAGGUCACGGUCGUUUCCCAGGCAGGAUGACCGACUUCUCUGUCUUAAGCUUUUGUUUAAAGUCCGAUGGUACCAUCCUGCUUGUCACUGUGUAACAUCCCACAUGUGGACCUUUUUUUUUUUUUAAAGUUUCUGUGCUUGUAUGUUUCUAGUGUUUACUUUUUGCUGGUUACAAUAAUAUCACCAAAAUAAUGUGCACGUAGCUUAGGAGAAAACGGAAAACAGGAGCAGAGUAGAAAGAGUCCCCGGAGCGUUGUCUGGCCUCCCCGAACACCAGUGCUGCCCGUGACAGAAGACACUUGGUGGCCAUGUGGUCGGGAACGUCCUGGCCCGAGGGGUCGGCUGGAGCCCACGCUGCCUGCGGCGUCGUCUGAGGCCUGCCGCCUUCAUCAGGAUGCUCGCCGGGCUCCGGGGCUGAUGCUGGAGGCUGCUCUGGAGCCCCGCCCGACCAUCACCUAGGUGGAGGCUGCCCUGGGCGUCGCAGCAUUUCUGAGCGAGCGAGAGUGCCGGCCCUCUGUGGCCGUGGGGCUUACUUGUGAGGGAAGAGGUUUCUCGUGCAGAGGAGAAGCAGAGUCGUUCCCUUGUUUCCACUGCUGUCUUAUCUGUCGGCAGUUGGAGAAACAUCCUCUCAUUUUCCUGCAGGAGAACUCGUGCUGCACCAAUAAAAGCAGGUGUUAAACUGAGCCCCCCGCCCCUGUGGCCAAGCUCGUGGGGCUCGUGGCUGGGACGCAUACACUGAGGCCUGUGUGACUGUCCCCACUGGAGGCUGGGCCCCCGAGCAGGUGGACAUGAACCUGGUGCUGGCAGGGCCACGUGAGCCGGGUGGCUUCCCGUCUGCCCAGGGCAGCAGACGCCGGACGCAGCCCCAGGCAGCAGCGACGGGGUGGGUGUGAGGGAGUUGGAGGGGUGUGUGGGGACAGUGGCCAGCUGCGUGUCAGUCCUGCCUCCUGACCCAUCGCUGGCAGCCCUUGGCGAGGACCGCUUCGAGCAAUAACGCUGUCUGAAGAGCAGCUUCCCCGUGUAGCCACAGCCAGGGCCUGCCCUGGUGCGGGGCUGGGACACUUGUCACGGCGUGGAAGGUUUCAGGUUUUCCUCAAGUUUCAGUGAACAGUGGUUGGUCUUCAUUACCUGUGUCGAGAGGAAUUUUAAAAUAGGACAUCUAAGAAAAGUGUUCUCGUUCAGGAGAGAGUUCUGUGAAGUUCCUUCCUAGUGUGUAUCUGUGGUGUUCAUCAUACCACAUCUCAUCCAAAAUGAUGCAGCUUUAACAUGAAUGUUACAUUGUAUUUUCAAGGAAUUAUUGAUGUUCUCUUUGUAAAGGAAAGAUAAUAUUGUAAAUCUUUUUAUUAAAUAAUGUAAAGAUGUAUAUCUGUAUUUUUGGAUCAUGUUAUAGAUUAUGGAUAUAUUGUUUAAUGAAUAAAGUAUUUUUUGGAACAUU